AUGGAUAUUGUAGCACUUGAUUGUCCUAAAACAGAGGCACCUGAUUUUUAUCUUACGUUUGCAAACACUCUAUAUGAUGUAUUUUCAUCAUCAUGCCGUCAUUUGACUGAGCUAAGACACAUCACUUCACUGCUGUUUCCCAAAUACAUUGAACCUGUGCUUCAGGGAAAAGCUACUAGACAGCAAGUCAGUAAACUGUUUGGACUGGCACAGACACACAUCAAAGAGGCAUUGCACUCGCUUUACUUGCGCGAUAUUUCAUCUUGUGAAUGGCAGCGCAGAAGCACAAAGAGUAACGGACUAGUUUCGACAAACGUAGAUCUUGCCAAAUCGUACGACAUGCCAUAUUAUACAAAGUUUUUAGUUAUUGCAUCCUAUUUGGCGUCUUUUAAUCCACCUCGACUAGACUCGCGCUUUUUUACAAAAGCCAAAGAAUCCAAGGGAAAGCGUGUAGGUAAAAAAGGCAGUGUACAUAAUGGUAGCAAGAUGCGACAGCAACUGUUGGGACCCAAAGCGUUUAAUGUUGAACGUAUGCUGGCGAUUUUUUAUAGCAUUCUUGGUGAAGAUGUAGAUGUUGGGUUCAAUGCACAUACACAGAUCUCCACGUUGGCUUCGCUGCGACUUCUUGUACGGGUUACUACAAUGGACAAGAUCGAUGCAGCAAAAUAUAAAUGCACUGCCAGUUAUGAAUUUGUGAGCAGCAUUGGUAGAUCAGUGCGAUUUGAUCUAUCACAGUAUUUGUUUGAUUUCAUCAACGUAUAAUGAAACUGGUAUAUUUUCUGGUACAACCAUACAGAGUACAAUCAAGGCAUUGAAUUAUUUUACAAAUAAAGGAAAACGAUGCAUUUU